AACAAUUUGAAUUUCGUUGAACAAUCUUGUAAAUCCGAUGUGAUUAUACAUUUAACAAGAAACUUGGAAGAUGAACAAUUUUUUAGAAAGUGUCCCUUCCAAGUUCAUGAAUAACAAUAAUGGUAGCACUCAUAUUUCGCCAAAUUUAACUUUACUUCGUAAGUCCAAGACACUUAUGUCGAAUGAGAAUACAUCAGCUUUUGUGGAAAAAUGGCAGAAAAAAACCACUACUAAUAGACAAGAUAAGGGAGCAAGACGCCUUGCCCUGUUUAUCGCACAUUUUAAAAGACGUGCAAAAUCUGCAGAUCCAUCCAAUAAAGCAGUCUUUUAUAAUGGUAUCGAACCAAAAAACAAUUUAGUCCCAAAUACAUGUGUACUACACAACAAUCAACAAUAUACUGAAAACUCAUGUCACGUUAACACAAAUAUGUAUAGAACAAACCGGAAAACAAAUAGUCAUAAUUAUCCAAUUCAAGUAACAUCAACUACUGUCCCUGCAAUUAAUUCUUAUUUAUCUUCAGGAAUGUCUAUCUCGGCUUAUGAAAAAACCAAUCUGGUAAAUUCACAAUAUAUAAAGCCACACCUUUAUGAUAGACCUAGACCAGCAUCAUUUCAUCCUUCAAGUCAAAUAUUAACUCAUCAUAAUCCAUACUUUUGCCAAAAUAAUUCAACUCCAUCUUCUAAUGAAGAGAAUUGUAAUCAAAUUUUGCCAUAUGCAUAUUGUCUAGCUGAUAAUUCAUUUUAUGUGGAGCCUAAUCAACAAAAUAAGAUUAACAAUGUAAUAAUGUAUGAUUCCAUUUAUGACUAUCCGCCUAAUCUAUCACCUUAUCCUUGUCCUACAUUCGUACCAUCUGAAGAUAUUACACCGACUAAUGAAAAUGUUAAUCCUUUCCUAUCGAAUACACAAUCAAGAAUUCGUUCAACUUCGGUAGACUUUUAUCGUCUGCGUAAAAUGCAUAAAGGUAUGAAACAACUUUUCUCAUUCAAUGGAAGGAAAGAAAAUAUUAAUGAACAAUCUUUCUGUGAUACUAGACAACUUGAAGAAAACCAAGCAAAACAUUCUCCGUUUACUGAAUAUAAACAAUUAAUAUCGCAUGUUGCCACUAUUAAUGAUAAACUAGAUCAUACAUCACUAAGUGACUCAUCGAACAGAAACUUAAAGAGAACAAUACUAAGGUCUUUUAGUUGUAAUCCUAGAUCCAAUUGUGAUCAUAAACGAAAAGUUAAACCACAGACAAUAAAGUCACAAAAUGUUGCUGGAUAUACUCCAGAUAACUACGGCAAAAGGAUAGAACUAAAUGAAAACUUUAGUCUGAGUAAAGAUGAACAAAAUCAGUUACACGUUGUCAGUUAUUCUGAGAAUGAACCUGUUAACUACAUCACAAUAUCUGGUAUAGAGGACAGAAAACCACUUCAGUUAAAUUCAAAGUUUAGUAUGGUAAAAUCAUCAUCUAUUUGUCAAGUUUCAACAUGUCAUAAUAUACCGAAAUUAUCUACUCAACUAAUACAAAGUGAGAAUACGAAAUUAAUGGAGCUAAGAAAUCGUAAAUGUAUUAACAACAUCACAAGAACCACACGAGAAUCUAUCCUUAAUGCUAGUAAUACCAUGACAACAGUUACUACUGCUCCUAUUCUAACAAAUAUCAAUACAUUGUCUGCCACUACUAGUACUACUACUACUUCAAUUUUCACAUCACCACUGCUAACAACAACGGCAACAACAUCUGUAGAAUGCAUAGUAAAUAAUAUUAAGCAUAAUCUGAGUUGUACUAACAACGAUUCAUUACAAUCCUCCUCCUCCUUCAAUACACCAGUUAAUCAUAAUAAAAAAGUACAUUAUUCUAAUAAAAACCAUGAAAAUCAAACUAAAAGUUAUACUUUGUUAUCAACGUAUCAGUCUAAUCAAAUUUUUGAUAAUAUUAAUUGGAACAACAGUCGAAACAUUAAUCGCAACCAAAACAACCAUCACAACAUCGGUAAUGAUAGUCAAACAAAACAUAAAAUUUCUUUGUCAGACUAUUUAUCAAGUACAGAAACUUCAUCUUUUGAUAAACAUGCAACAGCUAACAAUAACUCAAGGUUUAGUAUUUGCAGUACAACACUGCCACCGAAAUCUGAUAAUUUUGAAAGACCAAAUAACUUCAUGUCGUCGUCUUUAUUUGAGCCGAAAGUUAAUGGCAUUAGUGAUGGUUCCAUGUUGAGUAGAAGUGAUACUUACUCAAAUUUAAAAGAGUUUCCAAAGAAACCGUCGAUAGAAAUGGGUCAUACGGAAGAGCAUAAUAAACGUACAUCUAUGUCAAAAGAGUAUUUAAACAAUUCUACAUUCAACCAUAGUUUAACAAGAGCAAAACUACUGAGUAAUUUACCGGAAUUUCAUUGUUCACGAUUAUCUCAACUGUACAAUAGUGUAGGAUAUGAAAAUUUGAAAAAUGAUAGAUUCAUGAAGACAGAUGACAAUUCACGCGAUAUUUUUCCAACUCUUCGUAAUUUUUGUCAAAAACAAACUACUUCAAGUCAUCCAGUUGGUCAGUGUACAAUAUCUUCAGCUGCAGUGCUUCGUCCUCCACGUCCACCCCAAAGAACCACUUCUUUAGCCAGUGAUCACCAGCCUUCCAGAACAAGUGAAAUUAAUAGUACAGAUACAUCAUGUUCUUCACGUAGUAGUCCAUCUCGCAAUGUAAACAGCUGUAUGCAACAUCCAAACAGUGAAAUAUGCUCCACUACAACUUGUGGAUCAUUUAAUCCAAAUCGAUUUUCUCAUUGUAAACCAUUAGAUAAUAAUGUGAAUAAUCAUUUAACUGAUAAAUUAAUUGAUAAAGAAGUUAGUGACCUAAAUUCUUCAGAGAAUGAUACAGUAUGGUGGUCACAUUUAUUGCCUUAUAAACCAUCAAAUCUACCUAGUAAUUUAGCUGAUCGUUUAAGGCAGAGAAAUAGUUUAAUUCUGUCAAGAAGUUCACCAACAACUCGAUUAUCUAAUAGUUCGCUACCAAAUUCUUUUCCAUUUAACAAUAAUAAUAAAUCAAAUAAUAAUAGUAAUCUUCAAAAUAUAAUGAUACAAUCAAUGUAUGAACAAAGUGAUUCCGGUGAUUAUACUGGGUUGCGAUCCGAUGUAACAUCUUUAUAUUGUGUACAAAAUAAGCAUGGUAAUGAUAUACGAUUAAGACAAUCAAGACCUAUAAGUGUGCAUACAGAUUAUUCAAACUAUACUAAUAAUUCAUUCUUUCUACCGUCACUGAGACAUUUUAAUACAACAAUUAAUUCAAAUACUGUAACUCAUUCAUCACCACUAGCCUCAUCUUCGUCUUCAAUAUCAUCGUUACAACAACAAGCACCAACACGGCCAUCUAGUCUAUCACUAGCCUCAUCUUUUACAAAUGUUAUUCCUAAAUUAAAUAACCUGAUUAAAACAAAUAAGUUAAAUAAAAAAACAUUGAAUUCAUCAAAAUCAAUAUCAUCAUCGAUAUCUUUAUCUACUUCUACUCCUACUUCUACUACUAUUACUACUAAUAAUUCACAAUUAUUAUUUCAAAAUAAUAUAUGUAAUAUUAUUCCAGAUUAUUUAUUGAAAUCAUGUCCACCUAGUGAUAGUCCAUUACUUGGACAAUACUGUCGUUUAUUGUUACUUCGAACAAAUGAUGAACAUGAUAAUAAUGUUGCUACUGUUAAUCAUAUAAAUACUGUGGAGACAGAUGAUAAUAAUAAUAUUUCAACACUCAGUGAAUAUUCUGUGAAACUUACACCAACUGCUGAGACACCGGCUACGCCUGUUUAA